ACUGAUCUGUAGUUCAUGCGUUCGAGUCUAGCAGGGUUUUUAAUUUGUUCAUCAGAUUACUUUCCACUAAAACUGCAUUUUUUCACAAAAUGAUGUAGAUUUGAAAAUAGUAUCGUACAUAUCCUCUACUUUCCAUCCAUAUCAGACUUCUCUGGCGUGUUAACUGAUUAAAUCGGGAUCGAUAUAGCACAGAAAAGUCGGGUUUGGAAUUCUGAUUAUUGACCUUUCGUGACGCAAUAUUUUCAUAUUGGUUGACAGAACGAUUCUAUCAAAUUGUGCACUUUACAACUGAAAUUCCAAUAUUUUCUGUUUUUAACGUUGCAGAGAAUGGGAGUUACAAAGAAUAAAAGAAACCUGUUUCAUUUUGGAUACAUUGAAGAUGAGCUUGAACAACUUGAGAACAACCUAGAGAGUGAAGAUGAGGAUAGUGCUGCUCAGAGUCAGAGGAAAUUGAGGCGAAGUAGAAGAAGUGGUUAUCAUGGAUCAUCUAGUAGUAUUAAUGCCAUGGGCAGGAAGAGAAUGGGAGCCAACAAAGCCCGGCGGGUAGACAAUUUGAGACAACUACUGCACAUGGUAGAGAAAGAUGACUCAGUUGAGCUGGACUUUGACAUUUUUGAGCCAAGCAUGUCUGCAUUCACAGAGCUGUUUAAUGAAAAGGAAAAGAUGCAGGUGUGGAAUGACUUUGUGAACAGCUCGGAGGAAGAGCAGGAUAGAAUCAUCAGUGGAAGAUCAGUUCCAGAAACCAUCCUGGAAGAAGAGGAAGUGGAAGAGGACUUUCACAUGGUUGGAAGAAUUACGGAAGAUUCAAGAGAUAACCGAAAAUAUCAUCCCUCAUAUUCAGCUGAGGAAUGUUUCAAGAGAAUUGACAAGAAAAUCAAAGCUCAUUUGAAACGGAGACAUUUACCACUGGAAUCUUUGAUGAAGCUGGAGGAGGGUGUGAUCGAGUUCUUCAAGACCUGGCCUGACUCGGUGUACAUCCAACAUCUAACUGGCGGGUUUGAGAGGAUGUUGUUGCAUGGAGUGUGCCAGUACCUAAAUCUCCACUCAAAAAGCAUAGAAAACAAUGGGGAACGUCACACUCAGGUAGAGAAUCCCUAUCCUGGGUUUGAUCCACCUGCUAUUUUACUUUCAACAUACUUAAAGAGGUCAGCAUCAUGACAGCAUGAUGGGAAAAACACAAGAGUUUAAAAAUGUUUUAUUAAGUUAAGAGAUAUUUUUGUAGUUUGGGUUUAUGAGUCAAGCUGUAAAUUACCAGAAUUCAUGCUAAUUAAUUGCUAUGCAUUUCAUUUUCUAAAACAGGAUUUUGGCAAGAGUAAACAUAUAUGUAAAUAUUUUUUUUUAUAAAGUUCUUAUUUUAAGUGCUUCCUUUCCUGAUCUGUUUAUUUGGUUGUUGGUGCAUGUCCAAUUUUGUAGGGCUAAAGGCAGAUAUACUUGAAAAUUUAUUGUUUCUUUUCUUUACCAUUAUCAUACAUGUACAAAUAAAAUAUGAGGUUUAUAAAGAGGAUUCAUAGCAUUUCUGUGACAUUUUUCUACAAGAUUUUGUUAAAAUUUAGUACUGUUAGAGUUGGAAUUUUACAUGUCGUUGAUAGAUGUAAUUUCACAUCAGUGUAUAUACACUUAUGAUGUAAACACAUGAAUUAUUCUGUAUUAUGUCUACUACCAUAAGGAUUAAAAUAUUGAUAUUAAUGAA